AUGGGCCUCAACUACAUGAGCCUACUGACUCCAAGCAAGGCCCCAUUCUACAGCAUUGUUUCCGGAAAUUCUUCUACAUCGAUUGGCUCGGUCACCCUCCCGGUCACAUUCGGUACAGAACAAACCUUCCGGACGGAGUACAUCAAGUUCGAAGUAGCCGACUUCGAAUCUUCCUACCACGCCAUACUGGGAAGACCUGCGCUGGCCAGGUUCAUGGCAGUACCGCAUUAUGUGUACCUGCUCCUCAAGAUACCAGGCAACACAGGAGUACUCUCCCUACUAGGAGACCUCCUCAAAUCCUUUGAGUGCGAUAAGGAAGCAAUAGAUCAUGCUGCCACAAUCCGAGUUUCUAGCUCUGUCAGCGAAAUACUCGCUGCAGCUAAGGAACUCUCACUCAACAAGGACUCAACGCCAUCCAAGAAAUCAAGCCAGUCGUCGGUUAAACCAACCGGCAAUGUGGGCACCAAGACUAUACAGCUACAAGAGGAAGAUGACUCCAAAACUGCUAUCAUCAGAGCUGGCUUGGACGACAAAUAG